ACCUCUUAACUUAUGUGUGUGUUUGCAGCCCCUUGUGCCCCAACUGGGCUGUCCGCCCAGGGAGCGUGUGAGCAGGAUGGGGUGAUGGUGUCAUGGGACCCCUCCCAUGUCGCAAGCUUCUAUUCGCUGACGGCUAUAGGCGGAAACGGCGAUGUGCGCACGUGCAAUUCCAGCACUAACAACUGCACCCUGUCUGACCUGAACUGUGGUCAGCCUUACACAGUCAUCGUCACCGCUUGUGACGGAAACUGCACUAGCCCCCCCAAUGACCCCUUCACCUUCCAGUCAGUGCCUUGUGAGCCAGAAAAUGUUACCGUGGAAGUGCAGUGUGAGACGAGCUCAGUUGUGCUGUCCUGGAAUGCCAGCGAAGGAGCAGUGGGGUAUGUGGGCUGUGCAGAGACAGACCAGGGGGAUAUGUUGUACUGCAACACCAUGGAUACCUCCUGCUCCAUCCAGGGUCUGGGCUGUGGCUCCACCUACAACUUCAGCGUCCAGGCGACAGACGGAGUGUGCAACAGUUCCUUCAGCCCUCCAGAGCAGCGGGGAGCAGUGCCCUGCCCCCCUGCUAAUGUCCAGGUGAGAGUGCGUCAUGUGGCUGGCAUGGAGCUUGCCAUGGUGUCCUGGAGCGUGGCGGACUGCCCAGAUGUGGAGUAUAUGGUGCUGCUCAGCGGCCUUAUCCUGGGUGACCCACUGGCAGGCAUAGAAGUGACUUCCUACUGGACGGAUCACACCUUCUUUGAGUUCCCCCUUCCUUGUGGAACGAGCUACAACAUCCGAGUCCUUGCCCAGGACUCUGCUGGAAUCAGUGAUCUUUCAGAAGCCAUCAGUGGAACUACAGCUCCAUGUGCUCCUGAGAAUUUCCAAGCCGUUGGUAAUGACUUAUUUGCGAAUCUGACCUGGGAGGCAGCUGUGUUUGCCAGCGAGUACACCGUCAACCAGGUGACCGCUGGCGAGCGCGUGCAGGUGUGCAAAACGACCUCUCUCACCUGUGACGGGAUUGAAGUGCUGUUAAGUGACCUGGAGCUCACUGCCAGCAACGCCGUAGGAGAGAGUCUUCCCACCAGACUCAGUGGAUCUGCCAUGGGUCGCCGUAGAAGAGAUCUGAGAGAAUCACACAUGAUGGCCGGCCUGUUGGAGAUUGGUGAGUUCACGUCAUUGGUCAGUUUUCAUAGGUCAAAGGGCAAUAGGAAUGUGUUGACCACACCCAAGCUGAAGGUUACCUCAGUAACAGGCGUGACCCUAAACCUAGAGUGGUCUCCUGUGAGGGGGGCGUCGUACUACACCCUCAUCGUGAGGGAGGACACGUCCUCCCGACCCCCGCGUGAGGUGCUGACCAUCUAUGACGAGGUUGCCACGGUGACCGACCUCAAGACUGCCACUCGCUACUGCGUUGUCCUUUCAGCCAAAAACUCCAUCAGCCAGAGUGCCUACUCCCAGCCUGUGUGCGUCACUACCGGUGUGCCCAUGUGA